CGCUCGCCCUGGGGCACCUGGCCUGGGACCCGUCCGAGACCCGGGGUCUCCAGCUGCGCACGGAGAAUCCCAGCGAAAGCGCUCUGUAAAGGGCCCACCCGCGCCCGCAGCGGCUGCACAGUCGCGAUGCCCCCGUUUGGGGGCCUGUGGUCAGAACAAGGGGCGCGGGGGCAGACCAGGUGCCCACUGACCUUUGUCGGGCUGGGCAGAGUGGCAGCUUCCUCCUGCGAGGCCCUGGCCUGAUUAGGUUUUUGGAACGUGAAUUUAAUCUUCCCGGUUGAUUGUCUCUCCCGUUUUUGGAUCAGUGUUUAUCAGCUAAAGCUGGAAGGGGUCAGUUGCUAUGCAGGGAGGGCCCUGAGGGCUUUUGAGGAAGCGGGAACGCGGGCUACCACAAAGCCUCUGCCCAGCCCUGCCUGGCCAACUUGGGGGCAGGGGACGCUAGCCUUUGGCUUCCUGAUUAAACCAAAUCUAACCGUGCCCUUUAUCAGAAAGGCAGCUACUGCAGCAUUCCACCAGAGGUAAAAGACAACUUAACUAAAAUAUCAUAACCUUCAAAGGCCUUUAGUAUUCUGAACCGCGGAAACUAUGUGGUCAGACUCUUUCUUGCUCCAGGUGGGUAAAUUUAGCUUUCCAAAAUUAUUGUGGCGUUUUUAGCCUCAAAUCUUGGGAAAUUAAAAUAAUUGGGGGAAUCUUAACUAAAAUAAAUAAAACAUGGAGUCAAAUUCCGUAACUGUUGUAUGAGUUGAAAAAGUUGAAGACUGUAAGGCUGCUUUUCUGGUGAUACAUAAUGGGGUGAGGUGCAACCAGAGCCCUGAGUCUUCGUUCCACUGCUGCCUGGUUGUGUGAGCUUGGCCUGUACCCUCUGCCUUGGAUCAGACCAGGGGGUUCUGAACCAGAUGAUUCAUAUGGUUAUAAUUACGGUUAUGAUAUUCAUACAUUCAGUAAAUAUUUGAGCUCAAUCCUUACUCUAUGUCACUGACCUAAUGACCAGGACAGAUAAAAUCCCUGCCCUCAGAGUUUACAUUCCAGUAUGGGAGACAGACAGUAAGUGAACAGAUACAUGCGUAAUGUGCCAGGUGGUGGUAGGUGCUCUAGGGAAAAAUAAAGAAGGGUAAGUGGAACAAAGUGCCAGGUGGAAAGCUCAAGCAGGCUCCUCUGAGGGAGUGGUAUUUGAGCAAGUCUCAGAAGAAGCAAGAGAAUAAGCCACAUGGAUAGCCGGAGAAAAGGCAUUAUAGGAAAUAAAAAGUGCAAAGGCUCUGAGGCUUGGUUUCUUUGUGGACCAGCAGGGAAGCCAUUGUGUCUGAGUGAUGGGAGAUGAGGUCAGAGAAACAAUGCAGGUGAAGAGAAGUGGUCAUGUGCUGGAGGUAUCUUGAAGGUAGAGCCCAAAAGAUGUGUUGAUAAACCAGAUGUAGGGUACGAAGGGGAGAGAGAGGAGUCGAGGAUGAGUUCAAGAUUUGUUUGAUCACUUUAUUAAUUCAGCAUUUUUCUCAAAAAAAAAAAAAAUCUAUAGAACAGGGACAAAAAAAAAUCAGAAAAAAAACUAUAGGAGUUUAGUGAAAUAUAAAACAUUGCUUUUGGGGAAAAAAAUAGUGGUAACUGGAUAAUUAUUUAAGUUCCUGGAGAAAACUAAAGUUAUGCUCUAGACUCCUGGGUCGAGGACAUCACUCACACUACUUCAAUAUCAUAAAGGUGACUGAUGUUUUAAUACCGGCGGGGCCCGAUAGAGGUUGGUAAAGGGCAGUCAUUUGAACAUGUGUCCUCUCCACAGAUCGACCGUGGGCGCUCUGCUGGCAUCCCAGCUAGGAUGGAAAUUCUACGAUGCAGAUGACUACCACCCAGAGGAAAAUCGAAUGAAGAUGGGAAAAGGGAUUCCGCUGAAUGACCAGGACAGGAUCCCAUGGCUCUGCAACUUGCAUGACAUUCUACUAAGAGAAGUAGCCUCGGGACAGCAUGUGGUUCUAGCCUGCUCAGCUCUGAAAAAAAUGUACAGAGACAUCUUAAUACGAGGAAAAGAUGGUGUACCUCGAAAGUGUGGUGAGCCGGGGAAGGAUGAAAAGCUGGCUGAGGUGAAGCUCUUUGUGGUCCAUCUGAGUGGGUCAUUUGAGGUCAUCUCUGGACGCUUACUCAAAAGAAAAGGACAUUUUAUGCCCCCUGAGUUAUUGCAGUCCCAGUUCGAUACUCUGGAGCCCCCAUCAGCUCCAGAAAUUUUCAUUCAAAUCAAUGUGAACAAAACUCUUUCAGAGAUCACUGCUACCAUUAUGAAAGCUCUUAAAUGAAAUGUAAGUCAUUUCAUCUCAGUGGUCCAGAACAGAAUUAGGCAUAAAUUUCUUUCCUAUCCCAAAUCAGGUUCCAGCAUCCUUGCUGAUACUGUAUUCAAAAUUCCAGUUAAGGUGAUCAUAACGUGUUGAUAUAUAUACUUGUUUGGGUGUAUUUUUAGGAAUUUGUGAUAUUCUUGUCAUGCUCUGGCACAUUUGGAGAAGAGAGGGAACUAUGAAAGCAAAGCUUCAACUGAAAUUUAAAUUCAUGUGACCCAAUCAAAUGAUCAGAGGAUAUUAUAUGAUCGAUGCUGAAAUCAUUACCUUAUUUAGAACAUUCUUAAUCAUGCUGUAUUCAGACAAAUAAAUGAAACUUAGCUAUCCUUGGCAUCCCUUG